GGGCGGGGGCGGCGCCGAGUUGGAGCCCAAGCCCGAGCCCGAGCCCGAGCCCGAGCCCGAGCCGGAGCCGGAGCCGGAGCCGGAGCGGGAGCUUAGCUUAGCCACCACUGCCGCUUGGUCUCAGCAGCCUCCAGCUUCAGCCCCAAGCCCAGCCUGGACCCGUCCUUGGGGCGGCAGAAAUCGCAGCCUCUGGUCUGGGUCCAAUUCAGCCUUGUCCGGCCCGAACCUAGAGCCUGGCCCAGCAUGGCAGUAGAGGCCCCUGCCCCCGGUCCCAGUCGUUUCCCGGCCCGGUGCAACGUCCAGUCCAGCCUCUGAAGGACUCCCGACGACGGUCCCUGGGAGCCCAGCGUCCCUGCUCCCAGCCCGCUUCCCCUACACUAGUUGAACUGCGGCCCGGACUUCCCGGAUCCCCCAAGUUCUGCACCUCUCUGCCUUGCUUCGCGGUGCACCCCGAUCUCCAGCAACUGAACCCCUCCGCACAGCACUCUUGAGUUCCAUCACCCGGAUCCCUCAGCCUUGCGCCCGCCAUCCCCUCAGCCCUCCCUCCUCCCUCUCUUCCAGCUCUAAUCCUUUACCCCACUUCUGUUCCCCCUAUCCCGCAUCCUCGGCCCCUCUAGGGCCCAAAUCCCCACUGGCCUUGCGACCCUUUCCUUAACUCUCCAGUCCCGAGACCCGGGACUCCCGAGUCCUGUACUCCUUGGCUUGGGGUUCCUCGUAACCGUCCCCGCCCCCUCCACUCCCCAGAGCUCGCGCCCCCAACGGCGGCGCCAUGGCCAAGGACCAACUGCGGCCCCGGCUGUGCCGGAUGAUCAAGGGCGAGCAGGGCUACGGUUUCCACCUGCACGGAGAAAAGGGCAAAAGUGGCCAAUUCAUUCGCAAGGUGGAGCCGGGCUCCCCGGCGGAGGCAGCAGCGCUGCGCGCUGGAGACCGGCUGGUGGAGGUGAAUGGGGUCAACGUGGAGAAGGAGACGCACCUCCAGGUGGUACAGAGGAUCAAGGCUGUAGAGGGUGAGACCCGACUCCUGGUGGUGGACAAGGAGACAGACGAAUACCUGGCCAGCCUGCACCUGACUUGCACAGAGGAGAUGGCUCAUCAUGGGGUUCUGCCUUCAGCUCCCACAUCUCCCCGGGAUAAUGGCAACUUGUGGGAGCCCCAGCCAGAGACCCGACCCCCAAGGGCUAUGGGGGGCAGCUUCAGCAGCCAGAAGGAUGUGCCUGGAACGCCCCGGGAGCUGCGCCCACGUCUCUGUCACCUCCACAAAGGCCCCAAUGGCUAUGGCUUUAACCUGCAUAGUGAAAAGUCCCGGCCCGGGCAGUACAUUCGUGCCGUGGAUGCUGGGUCACCUGCUGCCCACUCUGGCCUUCGGGCCCAGGACCGGCUAAUCGAGGUAAAUGGCCGAAAUGUGGAGGGACUUCGCCACGCUGAAGUUGUGUCCAGCAUCAAGGCCCACGAAGAUGAGGCACGGCUGCUCGUGGUUGACCCUGAGACUGACGCCUACUUCAAGAGGCUACGGGUAGUGCCCACUGAGGAACAUGUCACAGGUCCGCUACCUUCCUUGAUUACCAAUGGCAUGAGCCCACCCCAGAUCAAUGGUGGUUCGACUUGCUCGUCUCGGAGUGAUCUGCAGAAUGUGGACAAGGACGCAGAGGACAACGACGUGGCCAAGAGGGACCCAUUCCAGGAGAGCGGGCUGCACCUAAGCCCCACCGCGGCAGAAGCCAAGGAGAAGGCCCGGGCAAAGCGCGUCAACAAGAGGGCCCCGCAGAUGGACUGGAACAAGAAGCGAGAGAUUUUUAGCAAUUUCUGAACCCGUUCCUUCCCCAUCCCCCACAGCCAGUGGCUCCUCCUGCUUCUCCCUGAAGGAAGGGAACUAGGAACUCCCUGCCAGGAGCCACAGGCUUUGUGCUCAGCUGCCCCCACCCUUCCUGAGGCCAGAGCUCCGGAGUAGCCCCAACCUGUAUCCGAGGAGCUUCAGGCUGAGGUUGGGGGGGGGACAACUUCCUUUUGGUCCCUGCUCGGUUCUCCUCCCCAAGCCCUACUGUCUGCCUGCACCCUUGCUGCUGGAAGAGCCAGUCCCUCCCCACUCCCCUCCCCGGAGCCUCAGUGAGACAGAACCAGAGAAUGGGUCGUUAGCUCCAGGAGUCAAACCUGACCCCAGGGACUGAACCUUUGCUGAAACUCCUCGUGUUUGUUCUUGUCAAUCUGGGGACUUAUUCCCUGAGAGGAGGGCAGGAGAGAGAGAAAGACUGAGUGAGACAGAGAGCCAGAGAGAAACAAAGAAAGAUAGAGGCACAGUAGAGAGAGAGAGACCCUUUAAUGUUAUUGGAUUUUUUUUUUUUAUUGGCUAGUGGAUUUAAGGGAAUUUUUGUGUUACACAUGUUUUCAUUUACUGCCAGGAAUCUCCCUUCCCCCACAGGUUCUUUGACAUACAUUCUCUCUGUGUCUCUGUCUUUCUCUCUCUCUGUCUCUCUUUCUCUGUCUCUGUGUCUGUCUGUCUAUCUCUCAGGCAGCAAAACAAAUCUCUCUGCAGUUCUUUCCUUCCCUCUUUCCUCCUCCAUUCCUCUCCUGUUAAAGUCAGAGGGACUAGGGGGAUCAAGGCCAGAACUGGCCCCAGUUUGGGGCCUCUCAGGAGGUUGCUCCAUGUGGAGAUGCUGGAAAUAGCUCAUGGGACCAUCCUGGGCCCCGGAGGCAAGUAGGGGCCCAGAAUUGAGGGGUCCCAUGCUCCUUAUCACCUAGAUCUGGGUCUCUUCUGAGCUUUGCUGCCUUUGCUCCACGUGGACCCAGAAGCUGGGUCAAAUCCUCGUCACUGGUGGGACACAGAUCCACCCUGCUCUGCAUGAGCCUCAUUGGGCAGUUGGCUGCUGCACCUAUUGGCCCUUCUAGCACCUAUUCUUGGAAGGGCUGAGUUGAUGACCAAGGCACCUACAGCUUCUGCAUCUCUUGCCCUGCUUUUCAGACUGACUCCUUCAAUGCUUCGAGCCUCCUUGGCAAUUGCCACCCCUACCUUGGACAGCCUCUUGCCUUGGAGCCUGGAAGGCAAGUAAACUAGGCCUUUGAGGAGUUUUUUUUUUUUUUUUUUAAUUCACCAGUCUUUCCAGUGGCUGAUUGACUUGUGCAGAAGAUGGAUAUUUGGGCUGGGGAUGUUUGCCUCAGCAAUUGUUAAAAUGCCUUUGGGGGUCUUCUCCUCUUCCCAAAGCCACUGCCAACUAGAAGCCUCCUGGUCUGAAGCCACCCGGGAUAGGCCUGGAGGAAGAUGGUAGCCAGGGCUCUGCUGGGGAUCAGUCUCUGUUACUGUUUUGUAAAUGUUGUAAAAGGUGCCUUAGGAUUGUCUGGGAUGUCCCAGCCCAUUCUGGGAGGACUGAGUUCUGGAGGUGGGUGGGGAGGGGAAGGGUCUUAGGAAAGUGCUCAGGGCUGGGGUGGGUAGGUAAGGGGAAACAAGUCAAAUUUGCUUUAGCAAAGUUUGCUCUGUUGUGUGUGUGUUGGGGGAAAGGAACGAAUUUGGAGUGAGGGUGAAUGAGGGAUUAUCAUGAUGAGCUUGGGUCAGGAGUCUGCAAUUCAUAGCAGUAACUAGGGUCCCAGAGCUUAUGGAGAGUUUGUUUUUUUGGGUUUCAUACCCAACUGUUCCCUGAGGAAAAGGGCCAAUCACUGACUGGAGAAUGUUCUCCUGGUUAUUUGGUGCUCCUGGAAGAGACAACCAAUGGAUGGAGUGAUUUUGGCACAAAAACUCAGAAUUUAACUCACUGUCACACUGUGGUAUUGGCUGCUAUAGCCUCCAGGUGUAGGGUUGAAUCUACCUGAAGACAGGAUUUUCCUUGCAUAUAAAAAGCAAGACACAGAGUAGACUGUCUCUUGUAUGAGGGCCAAAUGUGAUGGGCACACCCAUAGGCAUAGACCUCAGGAGAGGGUUUAUGGUGGCAGUUACAAUGGGGAAGGUAGGACCAAGGUUACUGCUCAGCUGAAAUCAGGUAUGCACGAUUGCAAAUGCAAAAUUAAGCUGCCCACUGCUAGGGCACCCUAAAUCACCUAUCAUCUCUCUCUUUCUUGUAGUGUGAUAGUACAAUAACUCUUCUUUCCCCUCCCUCCACUUACUUUGAAAAUCAAUGCGAGUAUAAGCUGUUGACAUUGUAAGCUGUAAUGUGCACUGUUAACAUCAAUAAUAAACUUGGAAUUGCCAUGUACAGUAUAGAUAGGCUGCUAAGCUGGAA